AUGCCGGAACCAGCUAAAUCCGCUCCCGCUCCGAAGAAGGGCUCCAAGAAAGCCGUCACCAAGACUCAAAAGAAAGGUGACAAGAAGCGUAGAAAGACUAGGAAAGAGAGCUAUUCCAUCUACGUGUACAAGGUGCUGAAGCAGGUGCACCCCGACACGGGCAUCUCCUCUAAGGCCAUGGGCAUCAUGAACUCCUUCGUCAACGACAUCUUCGAGCGCAUCGCCGGCGAGGCGUCUCGCCUGGCGCACUACAACAAGCGCUCCACCAUCACGUCGCGGGAGAUCCAGACGCCCGGCACGGUGGCGCUGCGCGAGAUCCGGCGCUACCAGAAGUCGACGGAGCUGCUGAUCCGCAAGCUGCCCUUCCAGCGCCUGGUGCGCGAGAUCGCGCAGGACUUCAAGACCGACCUGCGCUUCCAGAGCUCGGCCGUCAUGGCUCUGCAGGAGGCCAGCGAGGCCUACCUGGUGGGGCUCUUCGAGGACACCAACCUGUGCGCUAUCCACGCCAAGCGCGUCACCAUCAUGCCCAAGGACAUCCAGCUCGCCCGCCGCAUCCGCGGAGAGCGCGCUUAAGCUGCAGCAAGCGGAUCUUGGAGACCAUCGAUAACCCAAAGGCUCUUUUAAGAGCCACCACAUGGCCACUAAAAAGAGCUGUAAAUUCUUUGUUAUGCAUAACAAAUAGUGUGUUUACCUGUGAUUCGUGUGGCUUUACGUGAAGCGAGAUCUGACACCUCAGGACAGCCUGAGAUAAAUGGAUGCUGCCAAGCAGAAGCCGGAUGUGAGCAAGGCCUGUGUGCUGACCAGCCAGGCAUUGACUUGCAAAUUGCUGUUGUUACUCAGGUAAGCUGCUUUUACAGGUGAUCCUGGAUGCUCAGCAACAUACUUGGCUAAGACUGUUCUGGGCUCUUUAGCCAUCCUCCAUGGAUGAACUGACUCAAAUUCAAAUCACUGCUUGGAAAAAUGUACUUCCUGACCAUCCAGUGGCUAAGAUAGAACAUAGCUACUGAGAUCCUGGUGAAAUAUUUCUUCAUAUCAGAAAUACGUAAGAGAAGAUCUGAUGAAAGCAUCUUUCUAGAACAAAAAUAUUUGAAUCAGUCCAGCCCGGCACCGAUUAGUUUCUGAAAAAAUCUGAAUAGAUAUAUCCAUAUGAAAAAGAGAUGAGAUUUUCAUUUCAAUUACCUAUUGUAGUGCACAUAUUUUGUAAAGGUGAUAUGAUGGUGGUUUCCAUUCAAGUCAGUAUGCAAAGAUAGUUCCUUAACAUGUUUUCAUUUGCAAAUCCAUCGUAUGGAAUCACCUGUUGGUUACAGUCUUCAAUAAUCACAAAGCACUGAAGUCUGAGCUUAGCCAGCCUCAGCUCUCCUGUAAACCUGGCCAGUACUACCCUGCUGCAUCGCCUCUCUCUUCUUUCCUACUUUCGAUUCAUGUUGUAUCCUCAAGCUGGUUAUAAGCAGGUUUCAGAUUGCAGAUGUGCAAACAUAAUUGUCACAAUAGUAUGAACAUUUGUUAUGAUUCUUAUUAUGUAUCAGAAAGUACUUAGUCAGAUACUAUUGUCAUGGAUUUAAUUACACUGACCACAACAACAGGGUCUGACCCUAAGAUCCUGCUAAUUAAUGCACUCUUCCAAGGGAAGGUUUCUGAUUUGUCUUUCAUUAGUUCUCAGCUUACAACUUGAGCUGGGUGGAUCUGGAAAGUGACCACUAAACCAGAAAUUAACCCUCAAUCACACAUGCAUCACCCAGCAUUCCACUCAAGUCCAUCACUUGUUCCUGGUCAGUUAUCUCUUGAUUUUAUUUUUUUUUUAAUUGCUUUUAAAUGCUGUAUGGGUGGCCUUCGUCUGACAUUAUCUCAGUCCUUGAAAUUUUUCUUUAGUUCUUCCUUAACUUUUUCAUUCUCCUCGUGGCUAGUUGCAUGUUAGCAACAUUAGUUUCUUAACAAAAAUCUUUCUUUUUUCAGCCCUUGUGGCCUAUGCAACAACCACAUCAGCUAUUCGUGCUAAGCUACUAGUACUUCAGGAUGCUAUGGAGAAAGAAGAAUACAUUUAAUAAAAUUUCCUCUGUAAGACCAUGAAGGAGCAGAAAAUGGAAAGCUCUGUUCUCAGGAAAGCUGAUGGAGCAC